AUGUCGGUCCAGCUCUUCUCCAAUGUCUGCGGUCUGUUUGAACAGAUCGAUGCACAGUUCACCAGCCGAUCCGUAGACGAGAGUGUCGGUGCCCAGAUGACUGCCUUUUGCAUCUACAGCUGUGGCCUGAGAGUCUGGCCGCUUGCCUCGCGAUGGAUCGACUCGCUCAACAAGAUCUUCCGCGACCCAGACGCCCUCCCACUGGCCCACGAGGGCUCCAUGACCGAGGGCAAGGUCCAGUCACCACCCGACAUGCUAACCUGGGAAUCCGCACCGCCUUCCACCCCAGUCCAGUCGCAGCAGUCGCGAGAUAUGUCGUCAUCCUUUUCCGGAUCCAUGUACUCCCAGCCUGCUACGGCGUUUGACUAUAGCCAGCAGCAACAACAUCAACAGCACCGGGAAGACCCGGUCCCGCCGCACCCGAAUACAUUUCCCUCGUUUGACGGUCUCAUGGUAUCAGCAGCUCAGCCGCACGCCUCCAUGUACUUUCAACGUACAGCUGCCAUGCACCACCACCAUCAUCAUCAUCAACAACAGCAGCAGCAGCAGCAGCAGCAGCAGCCAACCCCUACCGUCGACAACAUGGGCGUCCUUGUGGACAGGUAUGACAGCGCGCACCCUGCUGCUGCUGCCAGAGCUGCGAGCGCACCGACAGCAUCGCACUCAACUUACGACACCACUCCUUUCGCCUCCUCGAUCCCUAUGACAUCUACGACUGCAGCAUUCUACCCUGGUGCGGAACUAGGGCCGCGUAAUGACGGAUUCGAGAAUGAGCUUCAAUCGUACAUUGGUGAAUCAUCUGGGAGAUGGAACAAGUAUGCAUCAUGGGUAGACUAG